CGUGAUCGUUUGCGCGAACGUGAACGCGACCGUGAACGCAUCCGAGAGCGUGAACGUGAGCGUCAGCGCGAACGUGAGCGUGAGCGACUGGUCCGUGAACGAGAGAGAGAGCGCGACCGGGAACGCGAACGCCAUCUUCGUGAACGUGAGCGGGAACGAGUAGAUCGGGAUCGUGAUAGGGAUCGUGAGAGAGAUAAGGAUAGAGAUCGUGACAGAGACCGCGAUCGAGGGCUCCGUGAUCAUGAGCCAAUCUCGCAGCGGUCGGCUUUAAAUCGUCAAGCUGGCGGUGGACGUCGACGCAGUAGUGGCAGUCCAUUCGGAAGCUCGUCAUUGACUGUUUCUUCCUCAGCGGCAGCUAAUCCGUCUUUGCCCAACGCCAGCUCCACCACAAAUGGUCCGGAUCGCCAACGAUCGCCGGCUAGUCGCUAUCGCCGUCCAAGUCCACCCCAUCGUGGUGCUGAAGCCGGGUCGCGUCGUGUGGCUCAAGACAAAUCACGUUCUCGCAGUCCAAUACCCAGUGGAGAUGGUAGUCGUCGACAUCCAGGAAUCGGGCAAUCAUCCUCGGCCAGUUCUGCUUCCCUGGAGGCUCAACGCAAACUGAGAGGGGGAGGUGGGCAACCGCCUUCUGGCGUAUCUGGACCAGGAUCGUCUGGUGGAAAACGUUCAGUUGGGGGUCCAGCAAGUGGAGCAGCAAGCAGUGGAUCGACGUCAGUCUCUAAUUCUGCAGCGAACUCUAAAGGUGCAGCUAGUCGUGGACGUCACUCAGCCACUGCGUCCGACACCGGUAGGGCUCGCGGGGCCUCGAGCAGUAGUGAUACAUCAUCGGGGAGCAGUUCUCGAUCUUCAUCAACUUCAUCCUCAUCAUCAUCUUCUGGUUCUUCGGACUCUUCUUCCACUUCCUCUUCAACCUCCUCAUCUGCUCGAUCUCGCUCCCAGCUGGUUAGCCGAGCUCCCCGUAAACAACGUUCUUAA